AUGCCCUGUCUGGACCCCAUGGAGCCUGGCAGCGCGACUCCCGGAGCUUCUGCUGCCGCUGGGACAGAGGAGACUUUCCGCAGGGAAACGGUGACUGCACCGCCGAUAGUGAGCGGCAUGGGCUGGUUCUUCUCCCCGCUGUGGAGCCCACGCUCCAAGACGCGCCGAGGGAGGUUUGGAAACGAUAUAAAAAGCGACCAAGUGGAGGCAUGGCUGGAUGACCACUCCGACUUUACGAGGGCGUACUUUUUACGCAGAGCUUCCGUCGUCAGUGGUCCACAGGCAGAGGUGUCUCCACAGUUGCCCAGGUUUCCCAGGAGCAGCUCAGACCACUCUGACCUUCUCAAGAAGACUCAUCAUCACAUGGCUUCUUCAUCACACACCACCUCACACUUGAACAGAUCAUCCUUAACAGAAAUUCUCAAACCGCUUGAGUCCAAUCUCAGUGCCCCUGAGUGGAUGGAUGGCUUCAGUCCAGAUGUAUUGGGCUGUCACUCCCCUUGUUCUCCCCACUCUUCUCGCUUCUCUUUUUCUCGCCCACUUUCUCCCAUUUGUCCAUUCUCCCCUGACUUAUGUCACUCUCCUCGGCGCCCCUCUGCUACAAAUGCUGCUGUCUGCAGUGGUGAAUUCUGUCCAUGGAUGAUGGAGCUCCUAAGAGGACGUCUCAGCUGGAUGGGCUCUGUAGCAGAGCUCUGCCAAGGGGCUGUACUCCAUGCUGGGGAGCUGCUGGAAGCUGAGGCCAGCUCCCUCUCUCUGGUAAAGAAAGACUGCGAUGGAAAGAACACCUUGAAGGAGGUGACUGCCACAGUGUUGGGGUGCUUGACCGAAGGUAACCUCUGUGGCGAAGCACUCCUGGAACUGGUGAAGGGGAUCAUGGGAUGUGUACUGGCUACAGGGUCGCCAAUGAACCUGAGAGAUAUAUCAGAGGACCCCAGAUUCAACUUAGAUGAUGAUCAGUCAUCAAAGAUCCGGACUGUUUUGAGCGUUCCAAUCAAGAACCACAGAGGAGAGGUGGUAGGUGUAGUGGUUAUGAUCAACAAGAGAAGUAGCUGCGAUGGUUCAGCUUCUGUUUUUACCAGCAUGGAUGAAGAGGUGCUGUCCAAUCAUAUGUGUGCCCUUGGGAUGGUCCUGGACAAUAUUCAGCUGUAUGAGAGCUCAAGACAGGAGGCCAAACGCAGUCAGGCCUUGAUAGAGAUGGCACAGGUUUUGUCAAAGGAGCACCGUUCCUUUGAAGUUCUGCUGAGUAAGAUGGCUGCCACCAUCAUGCCCUUCACACACGCCCAGUACUGUACCAUCUUCAUCCCCGGCGAGCACACCUCUGCUGAAGAAGACAAGGUUUCAUUCUACAGGGUGAUUCACCUGGAGUGCGAGGAGCUCGGAUCAACAUGCCAGAUCUACAGAAGGGAGCGUGACAUCAGUGAUUUAGACCCAUCGUAUGCCCUCCGAACUCUUCUUGCUAUGAAAACACUUAACAUGUCCGAGAGCCCUGGGGAAUCGAUGAAGAGUCUGAUCUGCUGCCCUGUCAGAAACGAGAGGUCUGAAGAUGUUAUUGCGGUGUGCCAGCUGAUGAACAAAAGGAGCAGAGACUCAGAUGAGCUGGAAGCCUUUAACAGAUAUGACGAGUGCCUACUAGAGGACCUGGCAGUGUACUGCGGCCUGGCUCUGCAGUACGCUCAGGCCGUGCAGAUCACUGAGGAGCGGAGGGCCAGCAUAGAGGUCACACAGGAGGUUCUUGCUUAUCACAUCACCGCAGCAGAGCAGGAGAUCCAAGCCCUGCAGGAGGCCACCAUUCCUUCUGCUGAGUCACUGCAUAUUCUAGACUUCCAUUUCUCUGAUUUUGGUUUGGCCGAAGACCUGACCACUCAGGCCACCAUUCGGAUGUUCUUGGACCUCAAUUUGGUGCAGGAUUUUAGCAUUGAUUACAAGAGUCUCUGCCAGUGGGUGCUGACUGUGAGACGAGGUUACAGGAACAGUGUGCCUUAUCACAACUGGAAUCAUGCUCUGAGCACCGCUCAAAGCAUGUUUGCUAUGCUCACGGUCACAGAUCAACUCCAGACCAUUUUUUCCCGUGUGGAGAUCUUAGCACUGAUGAUAGCCACUCUAAGUCAUGAUCUUGACCACAGAGGGGUCAGUAACUCUUACAUAGAAAGGAGUCAGCAGCCUUUAGCUCAGCUGUAUGGACACUCUUCUCUUGAAAACCACCACUACAACCUGUGCCUCUUCAUUCUAAACAACACUGGGAGUCAGAUUCUCAGCGGUCUUUCUGUAGACGACCACAGAGUUGUACUACACAUGAUCAAAAGGGCAAUCCUCGCCACUGACCUGAGCGUCUACAUGGAGAGAAGAAAAGAGUUCUUUUCUCUUGCCAAGAAAAGCAAAGUGAGCUGGAAAAGUGAGAAGCAAAGAGAUUUACUGAGGUCAAUGCUGAUGACAGCUAGUGACCUCUCAGCUAUCACAAAGCCUUGGCCUGAACAAAAACGGAUUGCCAACCUGGUUGCCAUGGAGUUCUUUGCACAGGGGGACAAAGAGAGAGAAGAGUUCAAAAUCAAACCUAUUGACAUAAUGAACAGAGAAAACAGCACCCGACUGCCAUACAUGCAAGUUGAAUACAUUGAUGAGAUCUGCUAUCCACUCUACAAGGCCAUAUCAAGACUGUUUGACACCUGCUCCCCACUGCUGAAUGGAUGUAAAAAGAACAGAGAAAACUGGCUGCAUCUUGCUGAGGAAACGGAGGAAGAAAACAGUGAAAAUAGCAACAGUGGUGUAACCCUGGAAACACAUAAAAACAACGAGGAAGAGACGGAGAGAGAGGAAUAGAGGACUGGACAGAAUAUGAGGACACAGCUUUGGAAGCCAAAAGGAGUUUUACCCACAUUAGCCUGUUGUUUUCCAUCCUGUUUUGUGAAGAUCUCUGUUCUGAGUUUCAUUAACGCUUAUCCACAAGUCAGAAUGUGCACUGAGAAGUAUGUAAGCAGAUUUUUAAAUGUAAAGAUUUGUAAACACACACCCAGGUCUGAAACAUUGCAAAUGAUAAUAAUAAUAGAAAUAAUAACUUGUUUCAUGUAACUGAGUGUCCAUGUCACCACUCAAAAGCAGGCAGGUUUUUGUGAACUGCUAUUGUUAUCAAUCAUUUGAUGUAGUCGGAAAUAAGACUCAUUCUGAGUCAUUUUUAUAAAAAUUAUAAUAAUGAUAGUCCAUUACUAUGAUUUUUAUUAUUAUAUAUUAUACUAUUAUUAUACUGACUAAUAUAUUACAUAUAACUUAUUAGCAGUGUUUUUGAAAUUUAAUGGCUACAGCUCUUCGGAAGAUUUCUGUCACAGUCUGAAGUCAGAAUUGGUGGGCUAACCAAUAAAUAACCAAAUCGUGAAUAAUAAUUUCAUGUCAAUUUCAAACCCAAAUCCAAAGUCCAGCAGCAUCUUCUUCGCCCAGUGUUGAUAGUAUGAGGACAGUUAGCACACCUCCCUGCCCUUAUGCUAAAUGACUGGGGGCUGACUCAGGGAUUAACAAAUUGCUGUUUAAGUGACACAUUACAAAUGUUUUUAUCCAUAAAUUUAUGCUGACUUACUUAUGUAAAUAAACACUGGUCUUAUGUU